GAGGAGGUACACGUCGGCCGACGAUUGACAUGCACGUUGGCAUUCUCUGGUGUUGAUCCCCCCUCUCUACCACCUCACUGUCCCGCCGCUGACAUCUCCGCCCUCCCCUCCCUCCUUCUCUUCCCCGCCGCCACAAUGCCCUCUCACGUCGCCGAAGCCCUCCUCCGCCAUCAUCCGCUGCAGCGUCUGGAGUCGCCGUCUCGAGGCGUCUCGGCCGCUUUUCACUUGGCCGGAUUGACCUCCUUCGCGUACCCUUUCUCCUACCUCGUCCGAAACCCAAACCCGAUCAACGACUCGUAUGGCUGGCACAUGCAAUAUCUGACCAUCAUCGGCCUAUCGCUGGCGACCCUUACCUUCGCGGCGGGCCUGCUCGCCGACGUCACUCUAUCCCGCCGACUCUUUCGCAUCAAGAACGCACUCAGCGUCGCCAGCGCUCCGCUGGAGGUGUUGAUCAGCAUAUUGUAUUGGGGCUUACGAGUCAUCAAUCCAGCCCUCGUGGAGCCAGAAUGGGCCGCGCCGCUAGCUCUGAUCGACGACAUGUCCUUCCACGGCGCUCCCUCUUCUCUCCUUGUGCUGGAUCUGUUGUUCUUCUCUCCGCCGUAUGCCAUUGCGUUCUUGCCAGCCUUUGGACUCAGCGCGGCCAUUGCAUUCGGGUACUGGUUCUGGAUCGAGCGGUGCUACCAGUUCAACAAGUUCUACCCAUAUCCAAUCUUUGAGUUGCUGGACACGCCUGGGCGUAUUGGACUCUUCGCUUUCUCGGCCCUACUCAUGACAGCCUCAACUACCCUGUUAAUCUGGUUAUAUGGCGUGGUAAAUGGGCAAGAAAGGCAGGGCGCUGUGCAAGGAGAUGUUCACAAGGGAAGGAGCGGGAAUGUCAAAGGGAAAUGAGGGCGAACUCUCUUCUGUUCAUUACUCUCGUACACCAACAUCGACUCUUCUCGCC